CUGCUCCUCGCUCGCUCUGUCUGGUAUCUCUGGACAGUCCACUCCGUCGCCGUCUCCGCAUGGCCCUCCCUAAACAGCUCCAGGCGGGGCUCACUCCCGACGAGCUCACCUUUCUCGCCGAGGAGGACGCCGUCGACAUCGUCCCCCUCUUCUCCAUGAGCCGCGUGCGAUUACUCUCUGGUGUCUACGGCCCAUUCACGCCCCCCGCGCGAUCCCGCGUCCCCCUGUGGCUCGCGCUGAGUCUCAAGCGCAAGCGCAAGUGUCGGAUUGUGCCUCCAGCAUGGCUCUCUGUCGAAUCCCUCACAGCCGUCAUCAAGGACGAACGCGAGGACGGGGAAGGUUUCGAACCACUGCCGAGGCGAUUCUACGAGAUCUCAAAGGUGCUGCUUGACGUCGCAGCCGACGACCUUACGGAACCGGGGCAGCUGCGCUCUCUGCUAAAAGACCUGCGCGAGAUGCGACAAGGCAAGAUCCGCAUCGGAUUGCAGAGCGAGGGCGUGAUGCGCAGCAACUAUCUCCAGGUCACAAAUCUCACGCCCAUGGAACUAUGCGAGCUCAAGCCGUUCCUCACAAAGGCCAUGGGCAUGAUGCAGGGCCUCGAGCGCGACCCAGACGAAUAAUGUUGUACAUGUACUAUAUGCCUACACCCUACAUAAUCACGCACCCCCUG